GAGCGAGCCGCGGAGAACAUCCGUCGGCUGCGGGAGAGAGGUGGGUGGGCGCCGGCGGGGCCGAGCCGGCCGCGGGGAAGGGACGGCGGCAGCGGGAGCCCUCGGGCCAAACGACGCGGGAGGCCGGGACUCGGCCCUUGGCUUCAGCCGCGCUUCUGGUAACGGCCGAGGGACGGCACUCGAGCCGCACGCCUCGGCUGCUUCGAGGAGCCGGCCCGUCACUGUGUAGCCCUUCACCACGCCGAGCUCCUCGGAAGAUCGCUCUUGCCACGAGCAACUGGAGCGUCCGAGAGGUUAAAUCAGAACCUCAUCAGACCGAAGCAGUGCUGCAGCAAGCAGCCGGAGCUGAAGUUAUGUUUUCUGUGGACUGCGCCAAGCUGAAGGACUACUUUGUACCAGAAAAGCGAGAAUUUGAUGGUAUUUAUUUCAACUUCCCUCACUGUGGGAGGAAGGCUGGGGUAGUGAGGAACAGAGAGCUGCUUGCACACUUCUUCCGUAGCUCUGCAGAAGUGCUGACCGAGGAGGGAGAGAUUCAUGUGGCUCUUUGCAACGGACAAGGUGGGACACCUGCUGAUCAACCAAGGAGAGAAUGGCACAACAGCUGGCAAAUAGUGGCUGUGGCAGCAGGAGCUGGGUUUAUCCUGAGUGAUGUCCAUCCUUUUAAAGCAGAGACUAUCCAUGGAUAUAAGUGUACAGGCUACAGGAGUCAAGAUAAAUCUUUCUGUGUAGAGGGAGCUUUAAACCACAUUUUCACACGGAGCAUGCCACUUCCAUAUUCCAAACCCAUGACCUGUGAGAUAGAACUGGAAAGCCAAAAAGUUUCUUUUCAAGUACCACAAGUACUUGUGGAUAAAAUUAAUAGGGGUUUCCUAGAACAACCUUCAAGUCAUCCAAUACGGACAGUAAAGGAGAAGCUGACUGCAGAGCUCAGCCAAGCCUUUGCAUUACAAAACAUUGACUGCUGCCAUUCUCUCCUUCACCGAGAUCACCUUGAUGGUGUUUGUAACUCAAAUAUUUUUUGGGUCGUUCUGAGCCCAGAGGAGAAUCCAAGCACCGAGGAAAGGUCUAAAGAACUGGCAAAUGCAGUUGUGUUUUCCUGUGUUGAUUUCUGCAGGGACACAGAAAAGGAUGGCUGGCUGAACGUACAAGAGGGAUGCCACUUUUCAAAACAGUACUGUCUUAGACCUUCCCUUCUGCCUUAUGCUCAGGCAAUGAUACACAGAGGAGCCUUUCUCCCAGGGACACUUUAUGUCCUUUCUGGCCCAGUUUUCAGGAAGUGUCUAAUCACUCCUCACUCUAUGCCUGUUUUUCAUGAGAUGGUUCUUGCAUAUGCAGUUAACAGGGGUACAGAGAGCAGCUAUAUCCAGGUGUUGGUGAAUAACAUUAAAACCAGCAUACAUUCUCUUCUUCAGACUGUUUCCACCUUGAAGCUGAAUAUCAGUCUGCAGGAAGCAACGAGCUUUGAAACAACUGAGCUAAAUGACUUUGCUGCUUUUGAAUCUCAGCUUAGUAAAAUCCAGUACCUCAUCUGGAUGGAGAUGGAUGCUUCACAGGCCUGUGAGAAGGGCUCCUGUGUAGGCAUUAUAAGGACACAUCAUUAUGAACUAGUAAGUGGUGAGUUGACUGUUGUCUUUGUUUCAUUGAAUCUUGAUCUCUUAGCCAUGCUGAUCUGUGGAAUAUCUGACUGGAGAAUGCUCUGGACAUCAGACACACGGUUCCUCCGUCAAUUUCCUAGAGGAAAGUUACGACUUUUCAAGAGUUUUUCUCUCUAUCCACCUUCCUAUGUGCAUGAUGUCAGCUUCUGGCUUCCUGAUGGGGAACAGUUUGAGGAAGUUGCUUUUCACACCAUUGCCAGGCAGGUGUCAGGUGAAAUGGUUGUGUCCAUCCAGUUAAUCGACAGUUUCCAGCAGGCAGAGACUGGACGGAAGAGCCUCUGCUACAGGCUGACCUUUCAGUCCUGUGACAAGGCACUGAGCUGCAAGGAGGUGGCAGAGAUGCAGCUCCUCUUUCGAAAGGAAAUAAACCAACUCUUGCAUGUAACUCUUCGGUAGAGCUUUGUCAGUUGUUCUCAGGUGCCCAAGCAGCAUCUCUGCUUGUUACCAACCUGGAAAAUGUGGCCCACAUCUUGCUGAACCUAACGCUGUGUUAUCGCAGUGCCUCUAGGAAGGUGGUGUGGGCUUCAAGUACCUGCACACAUUUUAAAUGUGGAGAUUCCUGUUGAUGAUGACCAAGCCCCUUCCCGUUCUGCUUGUGUGUAACCAAACCUCAUAUUAAAAACAAUGCUUUCCUUUGCUUGGGUCCCGUGGGACUGGAUGUGAUCUCCGUUGGGAACACCCACCUCUUGUCACCACUUUUCCAAGUCGAUCCCAAGCAGGGGGAAGUCGCUGGAGCAAAAGCAGCACCAAAGGUGGGUCUGUGCCCUCCGGCACAGCGCUUCCUCAACCUGCACCCUCUAAAGAGCGAGGGAGGGCUCGCUGCUGGGGGCUGCCUGAAGCAGCCUCCCCAGCCCUGCUUACAGGGAGCUGGGGCUGCUCUGGGGGACAGAGGGCUUCAUGGCUCGUGCUCCACUCCCCAACGACGGGGCUGGCACGUUGCCAGCAGGACAGGCAGCCACGAAGGCAGAGACCCAGGCCUCGACUACAGGCCGGUCACGUUGCCCACACUACAACCACACAGCUUUGCUCCUUCCUUAGAAAGGCGAGGCAGGGUGGCCUCAGGGACCAGAGAGCUCCAUAUCCCCUUAAAGGGGUGAAGAUGCUGGCUGUCCCCUUCCUUACAGGGUUGCUGCUCUCUCCUGGCAGCCAGACCGUGGGGCAACAUGGCAAAAGGCCAAAGACCCGAGCCCUGCUUACAGGGAGGUCGCCCAGCGCAAAGCCAGCGGGGGCAUCUGUGGGAAGUUUAGGAAGCAAAGGGGUCCAUUCUGAACCUUGUGACUCAACAGGAGGGCCUCCCUUACCCUUUUUGUCUCCAGUCUGUAACAAGUUCUAUUAAAGCAACCCUACCUUGGUUUCCCUUUGUGUGUAUCUUCCGCGUAGUAAGCUGGAGCCUGAGCCGUACCUUUGACCUCUGCUGAGAUUUCCUGUUACAA